ACCAGAUCCUCAAGGCAUUCAAAUCUCAAAACUGCAAAGUUAUAGAUUCCAUAUUUACAAAACUCCGAUCAGUAAGUGAUUCUUUCCUUCUUUUUUUUUUUCCUUUUCCCAGUGAUUCUUUCCAUUUUUUUCAAAGAUUGUACAGAAUCUUCUUAAUUUCCGAUUCCAAUUCUUUUUCUCAAAUUUUCUUGUCCGCCACUGUUUAUUUUUAUUCUAUAUAAGCCACUCCUUGGUUUCUCUGCAUUCCAUCGCAGAAAACUAUAUUUUCUUCUCCAUCAGUUUUACCUCUAUUUCUCUCUGAAACUUUUUUUCUCUACCCUCUCUAUUUUCUUUCUCUUUCUUAAUCCUCCAUGGCUCCAAGUUUGAGCAAAAAUAACUCUGACGUCACAUCUCUCGUCAGUGGCCAUAGCUCAUGUCCAUUCACCAUCGAGAAAUCAAACUUACUGGCCAACGGCCAUUUGAUCCUCUCCGAUGUUCCCGAUAACAUUGUAGCCACUCCUUCACCCCACACUUCCAUCGACAAGUCGAUCACCACCGUCGGUUGCUUCAUCGGCUUUGAUGCUACCCAAUCAAACAGCCGCCACGUCAUCCCGAUCGGCAAACUGAAGGACCAAAAGUUCAUGAGCAUAUUCAGGUUCAAGGUCUGGUGGACCACCCAUUGGGUCGGUUCCAACGGCAGAGACCUCGAAAACGAAACUCAACUGGUCGUUCUCGAGAAAUCCGAUUCCGGUCGUCCUUACGUCAUCCUCCUCCCACUCAUCGAAGGUCAAUUCCGUUCGUGUCUCCAGCCCGGCGAAGACGAUUUCGUCGACAUUUGCGUCGAAAGCGGCUCGUCAAAAGUCUCUUCCGCCGGAUUCCGAAGCGUUCUCUAUCUGCAUGCCGGUGAUGAUCCUUUCACUCUUGUUAAGGAUGCUAUGAAAGUGAUGAGGGUUCAUUUGGGAACUUUCAGGCUUUUGGAGGAGAAAACUCCUCCAGGCAUUGUGGACAAAUUCGGUUGGUGCACUUGGGAUGCAUUUUACCUCACGGUGAACCCUAAGGGAGUUUUGGAAGGGAUUAAACGACUAGUUGAAGGUGGGUGCCCACCUGGACUUGUCCUUAUCGACGAUGGAUGGCAAUCCAUCGGUCAUGAUUCGGAUCCUAUCACUCAGGAGGGCGUGAAUCAGACCGUUGCUGGCGAGCAAAUGCCAUGCAGGCUUUUGAAGUUUGAAGAAAAUUACAAGUUCAGGGACUAUGUGAGCCCCAAGGACUCCGAAAAGAAGGGCAUGGCGGCUUUCAUUAAGGAUCUCAAGGAGGAGUUUAAGAGCGUAGACUAUGUCUAUGUUUGGCAUGCGCUUUGUGGGUAUUGGGGCGGGUUGAGACCCGACGUUCCGGCUUUGCCCGAAGCGACUGUCGUGAAGCCGACGCUUUCGCCAGGAUUGGAGUUGACGAUGGAAGAUCUGGCCGUUGAUAAGAUCGUGAGCACUGGUGUUGGGUUGGUCCCACCGGAGAUUGUUGAUCAGAUGUACGAAGGGCUCCACUCCCACUUGGAGUCGGUAGGUAUUGAUGGGGUCAAAGUGGACGUUAUCCAUCUGUUAGAGAUGUUGUGCGAGAACUACGGUGGACGAGUUGAGCUUGCCAAGGCGUAUUUCAAGGCCCUAACGGCGUCGGUGAGGAGGCAUUUUAACGGCAACGGUGUAAUUGCUAGCAUGGAGCACUGCAACGAUUUCAUGUUUCUCGGAACAGAGGCCAUUUCUCUUGGUCGUGUCGGUGAUGAUUUCUGGUGCACCGAUCCAUCUGGUGAUCCAAACGGUACGUUUUGGCUGCAAGGGUGCCACAUGGUUCACUGUGCAUACAACAGUUUGUGGAUGGGCAACUUUAUACACCCAGAUUGGGACAUGUUCCAGUCAACUCACCCUUGUGCUGCUUUCCAUGCUGCGUCCAGAGCCAUCUCUGGGGGUCCAAUCUAUGUAAGUGACUCGGUCGGAAAGCACAACUUCGACUUGCUCAAGACCCUUGUCUUGCCUGAUGGAUCUAUUCUGAGGUGUGAGUAUUAUGCUCUUCCUACCCGUGAUUGUCUCUUUGAAGACCCUCUUCAUGAUGGAAAAACCAUGCUCAAGAUUUGGAACCUUAACAAGUAUACUGGAGUUCUUGGGGCAUUUAAUUGCCAAGGAGGAGGGUGGAGUAGAGAAACCAGAAGAAACCAAUGUGCCUCUCAGUUUUCUCACAUGGUGACCUCCAAAGCCAGUCCUAACGAGAUAGAGUGGAAGAGUGGCAACAAUCCAAUUCCAAUUGAGGGAGUUGAAGUUUUUGCCUUGUAUUUCUCCCAGGCCAAGAAGCUCAUACUUUCCAAGCUUAACGACAAAGUGGAUAUCUCAUUGGAGCCCUUCAACUUUGAGCUAAUUACUGUUUCGCCGGUGACUGUUUUGGCUAGAAAGUCUGUCCAUUUUGCUGCCAUUGGGUUGGUGAAUAUGCUCAAUACAGGAGGGGCAAUACAGUCACUGGAUUUCGAUGAGGUGAAUGAUUUGGUUCGAGUUGUCGUCAGGGGCUCCGGGGAGAUGAGGGUGUUUGCAUCCGAGAAACCAACGACUUGUCGUAUUGAUGGAAGAGAAGUUGCAUUUGAGUACAAAGAAAGUAUGGUCGUAAUUCCAGUGCCAUGGCCAGGUUCUUCCAAUGGGUCCAUUGUCGAGUACAUAUUUUAAUUUAGGGUUUUUCUUAGGAAUAAUUGCUUAUGACUUUGUAUGGUAUACCAAGGGGCAACUUUUCUAGUGCAUGUUAUAUUCAGAAGUAGGGGCAAGUAAUCCCCAAAUGAAUUAAUCAAGUAACGCCAAGUUUCAUUUUCUUUUUA